UGCCGCGCUGCCGCGCCGCCGCUCUGCCGCGCCGCCGUUGAUGAUGCCGAGCGGAGCGCGGCGCUCGUACGUUCCUACGUGCGGCUACAACCGCAGUUGCCGAGACUGACGGCGGCUGAGACGGGAGAGGAGACUGAAAUACGAUGAUGGAUGGUCCGAGCUGGUGUUCUUCGCGACGACAACUGUAAGGUUGGACACGUGGAUUUAUCAAAGGGUCGACGUUGGGAGCUUCACUUUGUUUGACAUUUAGUCAGCAGCAGAGUGAGGGCCACGUGCGCUCUUGUGUUUGAUGUGCCACAGGAUGAUCGAGGAGGGCAGCAAACGAGGCAAGGCCAUGGUGGAGAAGAGGCAGCUCUUCAUGGAAAUGAGAGCUCAAAACUUUGAUGUCAUCAGACUAUCAACUUAUAGGACCGCCUGCAAACUACGGUUUGUCCAAAAGAGAUGCAACCUUCACCUGGUGGACGUCUGGAACAUGAUCGAAGCCUUUCGUGACAACGGGCUCAACACUUUGGACUACAACGCUGAGAUCAAUGUGUCACGGCUGGAGACUAUUCUGUCGUCCAUCUACUACCAGCUCAACAAGCGCCUGCCCACCACCCACCAGAUCAAUGUGGAGCAGUCGAUCGGCCUGCUGCUCAACUUCAUGGUAGCCACCUACGACAGUGAAAGCCACGGGAAGCUGACCGUUUUCUCCAUGAAAGCCAUGCUGGCAACGAUGUGUGGAGGGAAAAUUGUGGACAAACUGCGCUAUAUCUUCUCACAGAUCUCCGACUCGAGUGGAGUCAUGGUGUUUGCGAAGUUCGAUCAGUUCCUCCGGGAGGUGUUGAAACUCCCCACGGCCGUGUUCGAGGGCCCGUCAUUCGGCUACACGGAGCACUCGGUGCGGAUGUGCUUCCCUCAGCAGAAGAAGAUCAUGCUGAACACCUUUUUGGAUGUGUUGAUGGCAGAUCCUCCCCCCCAGUGUCUCGUGUGGCUGCCGCUCAUGCACCGACUUGCUAAUGUUGAAAAUGUCUUCCAUCCGGUGGAAUGUUCUUAUUGCCGGAGCGAGAGCAUGAUGGGUUUCCGGUAUCGGUGCCAACAGUGCCACGGCUACCAGCUCUGUCAGAGCUGCUUCUGGCGCGGACAUGCCAACGGUCCCCAUAGCAACCAGCACCAAAUGAAGGAGCACUCAUCUUGGAAGUCUCCAGCCAAAAAGCUGAGCCACGCAAUCAGUAAAUCUCUGGGCUGCGUCCCCAUCGGAGAGCCGCCGCAUCCCGUGUUCCCCGAGCAGGCCGAGCGACCGCAGGAGCUCACCCACACCGUUCAGCCGAAAGCAGCGACCAACAACAUGAACGACACAAUGCUCAUGUCCUCCGGGACACCCACUCCCACCAGAAGCGUCUUGGAGAGUCCCAGCCGGCUGGAUGAAGAGCACCGCCUCAUCGCUCGGUACGCCGCCCGCCUGGCAGCCGAGGCAGGAAACUCCACGCAGCAGUGUCCUCCAACAGAUUUGAGCUUCAACUUCGACGCCAACAAGCAGCAGAGACAGCUGAUAGCAGAGCUGGAGAACAAGAACAGGGAAAUCCUGCAGGAGAUCCAGAGGCUGCGUCUGGAGCACGAGCAGGCGUCCCAGCCGACGCCGGAGAAAGGCCAGCAGAACCCCACGCUCCUGACUGAGCUGCGGCUGCUCAGACACAGGAAAGAUGAGCUGGAGAGGCGCAUGUCAGCUCUGCAAGAGAGCAGGCGGGAGCUGAUGGUGCAGCUGGAGGGACUCAUGAGGCUGCUGAAGGAUGAGGAGCAGAAACAGGCUUCCCAGUCUGGAAGCUCCCCUCACUCCUCCCCCAGCCACGGUGCCGGCUGCUCCAUGCCCAUGCCCAUACGCUCCACCUCGGCCGGCUCCACCCCGACCCACACGCCGCAGGACUGCCUGGCGGGCGUCGGAGGGGACGUGCUGGAGGCCUUCGCUCAGGGUGUACCUAGAAACCUUCGGAACGACCUUUUAGUUGCUGCUGACUCAAUCACAAACACCAUGUCAUCGCUGGUGAAAGAGCUUCACUCAGUUGAUGACGGGGCAGAAGAAGACGAGGCCAACAUGAGGAAUGGUGGCGACAGAGGCACAAUGAGACUACAGAAGCACUGAUAGACAGACGGCAUCGUCUCCACCCUGCGAGGACAUACGGUCAUCACCUGGGAAGAAUCUGCACCGACAGGCGCCCCCUGGCAUUAGCACGUAGAGUAAUGCAUGCAUGUAAUCUAACGGGAUUUCACUAUGUGAAAAAAACAAAAAAGAAAAAAAAGUUUCUUCACAACUUGCAGGUUGCAGGAUGUGUCUAAUUAGCAAGUGUGUAUGUUGUCCUGUAAACAAAAAAACUGAGUUCCCUCACGACUGCUAGGGAAUGGCUUUCUCUGCUUCAGUCCAUCGGAUCAUUCUGUAUAUAAGAUAUGAACACACGACCUCGGGAACGCCUCUGCACGAGGCCGACCUCACGUCAGCACACGUUCACUGUAAGACUGCUUUUUGGGGUGAUUUGCGUUUUCUUUUUUGCUCUGAUUUGAUCAUUUUUGCAUGAAGUUGCACUCAUGUCUGGAUUACGGUACUGUACAACGCUAUGCCAGCUCUCUGUGAGUUUGUAAAAGACAGCGCCUGGGGUGUCAGAAGUGUCCUGCCUCUGGAUCCAUGCCGGCUGUGUUUACCUGCACAUCUGUCUUCUGGAGCUGAAGUUUUAAGGCUUUAACCGGCUAGGGCUACGUGAAGCAGUGGCUCUGCAGAGGUUGGAAAGAUUAAAAAAAAGAGACGUCGCCAAAACUUUUGAAUGCUGGAGCCAGAACCAGGUGGGACUCCAGGAAGUCAUAGCACCCUUUCACGAAAUGACAUAGCACAAAAGCCACCCAACAAACUUCUGGAAAUGGUGUAAUCAUGAAUGUAAGAUGAUCAGGUUGUGGUUUUAAAAGAAGAAGUAAGCCUUAUAUAAAAUCAAACCUUAGUCGACAGAAGUGAAACAGCGAAGAGACCUGUUUGCUUGCUGCUUCCAGUCUUCAAGCCACUCUGUGCCGUACUAACUCACACUCACCUCACACCUCAGACCCCAAGCUGUCGAUGAUCUAAGCACAUUUCCUCAAAUAUCAAAUGCUUCAUUUAAGAGAUUUGAAAACACUUUUGUUGCAUCCGACUUUUAUCUGCUGCUCUGGUACGAAAACGGGGGAUGAGUUACGAGCCGGCGUCCAGAAUCCAGCGUGCACGUAAACACACGGCCUGAUUCAUUUGAACUUAUUCUGCUGCUAAAGUGCUCUCAGUGAGCAAUGCUUGUAAGAGGGCUGUGCGGUUAGAAACCCACGGGGGAUAAUGCAAACAAUAAUGAGCCGAGUCUCGUUUCCUCCCAGAGAAAAAACAAAACAAAAAAAAAACCACCUGAAGGGCAACGCAACCCUCAACCCAGCAUGGUGCCUCCUUCCAAAGUGGCUGCCAGCCACAGUAUUUAUCGCGUAGGGAAGCAUUUAAGAAUGUGUAACAGUAGUGAAUUAGGCACUGAGUUUUAGUUGUGAGCUGCAACAUGAACACGAACUCAGUAUGCGACGAUGUAAAAAGGUAGUGGGCAAGUACAAAAUGCUCUGAUAGCUUUAUUUAGUUUGAAAAAAAAAAAAGAUAUAAGGAAAAUGUGUAAAUGUGCAAUGACGGUGCUCAGGGAUCGCAGAGCUACGGUGGGAAUGUCCCUAAACGGCAGAAAUCAGUAGAAGUGAAGGGUUUGAUGUACGCUGGAUGUGAAAAGUCUGCACGCACUCAAGGGGACGAAAGAUUGUAAAAUAUAAAGACAGAAAUAACAACGUCAGUGUCAGUCUUUGACAUUUUUAACCCAAUAUUCCAGAGAUGAGAUAAAAAAAAGAAAUAUUCAGUUAUUGAGAAUAUUUAACAGCUUGGUUGCUCGACUCAUUGAAGUUCAGGUUCCUUUAAAACAGUGCUGGGAUCUCCUCUCAGGUCCGGACGCUGAUUGGGCCGUUCCAGGACCUUGACUUGUCUUGGUUGGCAUAGAUGUGCGCUGCGAGUCGUUGUCAUGUGGAAUGAGGACAGGAGGCUUUGUGCCAAAUCACGCUGGUAAUUGGAGUUACUCGAGCUCCUGGCCAUUAAGAGAAGCAGCCCCCAAGCAUAAUACUACCCCCACCAUGCUUCGCUGUUGGCACAGUGUUCCUUGAUAGCUCAAUGCUAGCGUAACCCUAAACAUACCUUUUUAGAGUUAAGGCCAAAAAUAGUUUGAGGUGACUCAAUUUUUUGCUAAUUUUCCAGACUUGGGAGACUUGGGAAAUCAGGAGACGGUGGUCACAUGGUAGGAGUGAUCAGACUCUUCCAGGAGCUCCUGUCGUUCUUUUGGUAUUUCUUUUGCUUCCUCAUUAACUUUGGAGGGUCAUCUCGGUCUUUGCAGCGCCUCUCUGUUGUAUCAUCACCGUUUUUAACAGGGCUUCAUGGUACAAUCAGUGCCUUCGAUUUUUUAAUUUUUUUUAUUUCACAUCCAUCCCCCUGAUUGGCAUUUUUCAACAAUUAAGCUUUGUUGUUUUUGCAGUUUUUCAGCUCUUUCUGGCUCAUCUCCCUCAGCAGAAUAUCACCCCAAACAUCAAACCAACAGCUGACUUUUAUUUGAUUUUAAUCAGAAUCCUUUUAAUUGACAGCAGGUUUACCUACAGGCCUUGUUUUGAUUGACAGGUUAAUUCUGGCAACGGUAUGAAAGACUCGGCAUUUCUUUUAACCUUUUCUGUCUUUAUAUUAUUCAAAUCUGCAGUCUCAUAAGCGUGUGUAGACUUCUGACGAACUCUGUACUUCGCAGUCAUGUUGUAGGAUUUGGUGGAAACUUCCCAGAGUACAUUUCAACAUCAGUUUAGUUAAUUGCGCAAUGAAACUGUUUAAGUCUCUCUUUUUUUUAAAUCAGAACAUUUGUGCAUGAGACAAAGAAGAGAGAAGUGAAACAUGUCGUUGGAUGUAGCUUGAUGGACUGUUGGUUAACCAGAGCGGCGGUCUGCUGAGUCGCACACAAAUCAGGUCAAAGUUGAGGUCUCGUACGUUUGGUGUUUUGUCAUUCAGGGCAGUCAUCUUCCUCAAAUGAAAAUGAGAAUUGUUCCACGUGAUGGAGAGCGAUAAAGAUCCGAGGUGAUGAGAUCAGCUCUUUAAAUGUGACUGAACUGAACUGCAAGAAGUCGUUUUCUUCUUUUUGUUAUUUAAGCCUGUCUUAUAAGCUAAGCAUAAAGGUUCCUGCAACCUUUUACACUGUGUCCAAGAAAAGGAACAUAAAGAGGCUCCGCUGUUAUUGUCUUAAAUGUGAUUUUAAUCAGUUAUCUGCUCUGAUAUACGUUGUCAUUGUUGUUAUCUCUCUGCUUUUGCUAAAUCGGUGUAGUGUAGUCUCUGUAAUGAGUUUGUCUUGAUGCAGAUUCACUUGCACAUCUCCGUCGUCGUCCAAAUCCAUGUGAAAAUCCACGUAAAAACAGGCAUUAUUUAAAAUCUCACUGCUGUCAAAAUGUUUACAUUCACGGCUUACAAAAAAUACUUCUUUUUGAUCAUGCGCUGUGAAGCCACUCCGUGCAGCAAUACAGCUUCCGACCACAUGGGGGCAGCACAUCACAAGACAGUUCAGGUGUCACACUUCGCCAUGAGACUAAAAUGGUAUUAAAAGACAUGCCGGACCGUUCCAACUCACUAGCACAGUAUUGCCAGCGGUUCUUUUGACAAUAUAACAGAUAUAGGCGCCCCCGUGUGGUCAGACACGCCGUUGCUACAUACGGUGACUUUAAGCCAGCCCUCAACUUCCUCUCUGUUAUUUCAGUUUGUGCCUGUAGCUGUACUGUAAAGUGCUGUAUAAAGUAACCAUUCAGCAAAUAAGAUGAUCUAUCAGCCUCUAUGUCAGAGUUUUAUCAGUCUGUGACUUUGUAGAGAUUUUAUUUAACGUGUUCUGUGGGAAACUAAUGCUCAGCCUUUUACAUUUGUGCCAAACUGUCUGGAGACAUUAUGUGUCAUACAAAGAACAGGUAUAUAUAUCAAAGUAUAUCUGCACUGGUUUUGUUGUCGCCCAUAACCUCUUUGCAGGAUGCCUGGAGAUGUUCAUGUUCAAUGAUUUCUGCUGCUGGAAUCUGCAGGGGGGGUGAAUGGUUAUUACUAUAAUAAUCAAUAACACAUUCCAUAUCCACUGAAAAGACAAUUAUCGGUCGAAUUUUAACCCUGUUGGAAUAAAUGUGAGGUAUGUAAAGAAGACGCAGCUUUUUGCAGACAUGCCGAGCAGAACACGGCACUCCCCUGACGUUAUUUAUAAAUGUAUGUGUUCUGUAUGGUUAUGCUUCUCGUACGCAUUUGUUUCUCAUGUUGAUUUUACAAAACAUAGUUUCAUGUCACGAAGCCACUGUCUUUUGUAAAUAAAUCAAAAUGUGAGAUAUAUUAAAAAUGAU